AUGUACUUGAAUUUUCAAAACAAGUCAUUUUGGGAAAGCCUGCAUUUAAAAUAUGGCCUUGUGGACUGGAAUAUGGCGGAGGAGCUCAAACUCACCAUCACUACUGAAGAUAUCCCACAAGCUCCUGACAAGACCCCGCACUAUCGCAGGCCAAAGUGGCAAGCUGACCCCUGGGCACACUGGUGCUGGCUGCCGAGGGCGCUGCCAAAUGCCAGGGAACCUGCCAUUCAGCCCCAUCUGUGGAUGUGGGUGAACCCCAGCCUGGCCUGCCCCAUCCCCAGGAGCCCUGGCACAGACCCGGCUGGAUACAGCAGCCUGGUGGCCUCAAUCGCUGCUGCCACAGAAACCUCCUCUCCAAACACAUCCUGGGACUACUCCAAUCUGAACUGCCCGAAGGAGGACGUGUUAUCAUCCUUCAGAAAGGCUGGAAAGAUUACUGAGGACAAAGAUGCUUCACAUGUAGACAUCCCAGUUCCUCAGGAGAUGCCAGAAAUUCCUGAUCUCGGAGCAACGUCAAUGCCUCAGAAAUCCACAGUCCUCAAACCUCAAAGCACGAAGCUCAAGUGCCCCAAGCAGACAAGCACCAAAAUCAAGGGGGGCUGGCCCCGUCCCCCCCUGAAUUACAGCAGCCUCAUCACUCUCGCCCUGUGUAACAGCACGAGUGGCAGUCUGACCGCACAGCAGAUCUACCAGUUCACACGGCAGCACUUCCCAUUUUUCCAAAUGGCCCCAAAGGGCUGGAAAAACACGAUCCGACACAACCUGUGCUUCAGCAGCUGCUUUGAGAAAACCACCGGCUUCGUGUGCGACGAGCGAAACCGCAAGUCCUGCCUGUGGAAACUGACUCCAGAAGGAUGCAGGAAGUUUCAGGAGGAAGCACAGGCUCUGCCCAAAGAAGCUCUCGACUUGGUGCGCCAAAGCAUGAGCGAACCGG